AUGUUUUCUCUGACGCUAUUACUGUCGACCAUUUGUGCAGUUGUAGUUGCCAAAGAAGUCAUUCAAAAAGACAUUGGUCAAGGAGUAGCAGUUUCUAACACGCGCGCGCACCGUUUCAACCAACAAAAUCAACUGCAAUCACCAACUAAUAAUCAAUUGCAGUACUAUAAUACCGAUAAUCAAUCAGUACGAAAUAAUAUUGACGACCGAUCAGUAUGGGAUGAUAGUGAUAACCAAUCAAUAUGGGAUGAUAGUGAUAAUCAUUCAAUAUGGGAUAAUAGCGACAUUUACUGGAACAGUAACAAUUCAUUACUGAUUGACCAACUGCAGAACAAGCUAUGGAAUCAUAAAAACAAUGAUAGUGACCAGCCGUGGAAUCGUGAAAGCAAUAACAAUAACAGGCACUCAAAACGCACCUGUUGUGAUCACAGUGACAUCACAUAUAAUAGGUCUUAUGAGAUUUACAAUAAUGAGCAGUACAAUAGUCCUAACAAUGAGGAGAAACAGACGACAGGAGUGGGACAGGGAAGGACAACAGAGACGUACACAUAUCAAGCAGCCGAACCAUCGUCGUCACCACCACUCAAUCAAACAAAUGAUGCGACCCGAAGGCAGACAAAUGCGAUGCUUCGAUUUGUUGAUUUUUGUACAACUUGA